UGGGAAAACUACACAGUAUCAAAGCCAUGAGUAGCGGAAGAGAUGAGAACCUCCUGAGGAUGACAAAGGAUGACCUGCAGCGCUGGAUCCAGGAAGAGGUGGACCGAAACCCUCAUCUGAUGCAGAGACGUGAACAGCUUACACAGGUGGAGGAGUGGGUGAAGCUGAGGGAGAGAGACUCAACCUACACCCGCCUUCUGUACAGCAAUGCCUCCGAAUCAGUCCUUGAGUGUGAGUCGGUGAUGAAGGGUCUUUAUGGAAUGCUGGGAUUGGAGUACCAAGACGAGGACUCGGAAGAGGAAGGAGGAGGAGGACCACGACCACAGGACGUCAUUCAUAUCACAGAUGAUGAUGAGGAUAGACAGAGAAUUAGUGUCUGUAAUGGAGAUGAUGAUGAUGAUGAUCUUGUUGUCAUUGAUCUGGGAGCCACCAAAGAAACCUUGGAACCAAUGCUUGAAAAGGUGACUAUGGCCAUUCAGAAGUCAUCCAGACUCGUUCAGGACUUAGUCCAGAUGGUGAACAAAACCUCUUCAAGCACUGCACCACCAUCAUCAUCAUCUGACAUCACCAACAGACCCUCAUCGACCUCGACCCCCGAGAACAGCCGUUCUGAAUCUGUCACACCAAAACAAAUAACGGACAACUCGAUUGCAAUAGUUAAGACCGAAUCUCUUUUGAAAGUACCGGAAAUGUCCUCACUUCUCAGCAAUUCAGAAAAAUUCGAAUCUAUUGCCGGGCAUAAUUCAGAUUCUAGACCAAUUAAGACUGAACCUGAACUGACAGCAAUAACAGCUUAUGAAAUGAACAUUUCAAAACAACACGAAACCGCUCCUAGUCAAAACAAUACAUCCAUAAAAUUAAUCAAGACAGAACCCCAAUUAACAGCAGUGACUCCUUCAGAAAUGUCUUUGAUUCCAAGCAAACAACCAGAAACUAUUAUCAGUGCUAAUUCUGGAUCCAUUGCAAAAAUAAAAUCUGAGCCUCAGUCGACAGUAGUAAAGUCAGAAAUGUCUUCGCCUCCUAGCGAUUCAAAACUAUUCAAAAUGCAUUCCAGUCAUAAUUCAAAAUCCAUUGCAGAAAUGAAGACUGAACCUCAGCUGACAGCAUUAACUCCUGAAAUAAAUUUGCUUGAAAGCGAUUCGGAACAGUCCGAGGGUUUCAAUUCAGAUCGCAGUGCAACAAUUAAAACUGAACUUAAAUUAUCAGCUAUGACUUCUCCUGAAAUCCCUUCACUUUCAGGUGAUUCAAAACAAUUGAAAGCUAGUGCCGGUCAUAAUUCAGCUUCCAUAGCAUCAAAUGAGUCUGGUCCUCAAGUGACACCAGUGACCCCUUCAGAAGUGUCUUCGCCUUUAAGCACUACAGAACAAAUGGACACCUUUGCCAGUGAUGAUACAGCAUUAAUUGAAACAAACCAGACUGAGCCUGAGUCGACCUCAGCGACUUCUCCUGAAGUGUCACCGUUGCCGAUGAAUUCAGAAGAACCUGAAACUACUCCCAGUGAUGAUACAGCUUUCAUUGAAACAAACCAGACUGAGCCUGAGUCGACCACAGAGACUUCUCCUGAAGUUUCACCGUUGCCGAGGAAUUCAGAAGAACCUGAGAAUAUUGCCACUUGUGAUUCGGAAUCCACGGACAAGACGGAAAAGCCAACAACAAGGAGCAAAUCAGCUAAACCUUCUGUGCCCACGACAAGUGCAUCAACCAAUCUGAGAUCAAAAAACUCUACAUCCGUCACCAGCACUUCCAGCCAGCAAAAAGAAACAAGUGCACCACCAUCACCUGCAGAUAGUUUUGAGGAACCGUCUGACUCAGAGGACCCAGAUUACCUGCCGCCUAAUAGUCCUAUACCCAGUGAUGAUGAUUAUUAUCCCCCUGAAUCCCCCCCCUCCAAGGCAUCGACCAAUAAACCUGAUAAUACCUCCCGCAAUGAUGCUUCUGCGGAACCUUCCAAAGCUGCAAAAAUUUCCAAGCCUUCAUUAAAGGAUUCCUCUGGGUCUUCUAAAGCACAUAAAACUCCAGAGAUAAAACUCAACGUUAGCGCGGGAGUUUUGGGGAAAAGGAAACCCGAUUUGUGGUGUCGAGGAACAGUACAAGAAGUCCAAACGAUGGAGAAGGGCAACAAAUAUAAGGUGGAGUUUAAGCAUGGUAAACAGAUUCUGCUGUCUGCUCAUCAUGUGGCCCCUGUAAUGCGUCCUGUGCUCAAUGAUUUGUUUGUUGGCUGUCGUGUUGUGGCAAGCUACAAAAAUGAUGCAGGAAAGACCUUGUUUAAUGGUGGCGUGCUGGUUGAGCUUCCUGAGCGCAAGAAUCGCAUGAGGUUCUUAGUGUUUUAUGAUGAUGGCCAGACAGCGUAUCUGGCACUGCCAGACUUUCAUGUUGUCUGCAAACAAUUUAGAAAGGUGUGGAGGGAUAUCGAGGAUGAGACAUGUCGGGCGCAGGUGAAGGAAUAUAUGCGUGUCUUUCCCAACCCCAUUGCUGUGGUGCUUCGCAUAGGGCAAGACACCAAGGCGGUGCGAAAUGGCAAGUUUGAGGCCUGCACGGUGCUUCAGUUGGAUGGCAGCCUGAUCCAGAUCUGCUAUAAGAAAGACAAGCAAAAAGAGUGGAUUUAUAAAGGCUCAGACAAGUUGGAACACAUUAUAAAUAUCAAGAAACGUCUUUCUAAAGACAAACCAGAACAAACCAUUCCAAAGAGAACACAACCAUCGCCUCAACAGAAAACUCAACAACCUGAUAAAACCGCAGGAAAUGCCGUGCCUCAGCACAACAAAACUUCCUCCUCGACAAAAGUGGACUCACCGACAGUUACAUCAACGACUGUUACCUCAGCAACUGACACUCCCGCACGCGUGACCCGACAAUCUGAUACCACAGUCGCCAAAACACCAUCUAUCUCCCCUCAAAAUAUCAUGUCGGCAGCUUUCCAGCCGAAGGUCAUCCUCCAGAAGUUGUCUAGGCUCUCGCCCAUCUUACGUAUGCGAACAGCAAACACCAACCACCGCACACUAUAUUCCAGAAGUGCAAAACGACCCGCCCCGGAUGAGGAAGAAGAGUAUGUUUCUGAGGAAGAGGGGCACGUCUCAGAGCAAGACCAGCACAAGUCCAUAUACUUGUAUCACCGCUGUUGUCCAGCAUGUCUGGAUGGGGUAAGACCAUCUCAGGUCGACAUGCAUCAUGGUGAAAAUCCGCUUCUCAUCCCAUUGCUUUUUAAGUUUCGGCGAAUGACUGCUCGGAGGCGCAUCGAUGGAAAGGUGUUUUUCCACAUUUUCUAUCGUUCUCCGUGUGGGCGGAGCCUGUGUGACAUGCAGGAAGUGCAAGAAUACUUGAUUGAAACGCGUUGUGACUUCCUCUUCCUGGAAAUGUUCUGUAUGGACCCGUUUGUGCUUGUGAAUCGCGCCCGACCCCCUUCCACAUCCACCAGCCAGCCUCACCUCUACCUGCCGGACAUCUCUGUGGGUAGGGAGGUGUUGCCUGUGCCCUGUAUUAAUGAAGUGGACAAUACUCUUGCUCCUAAUGUCACUUACACAAAAGACAGAAUUCCAGCUCCAGGUGUUUCCGUCAAUACAAGCUUGGACUUCUUGAUCGGCUGUGACUGCACAGAUGGCUGUCGGGACAGGUCAAAGUGCGCGUGCCACCAGCUGACCAUUGGGGCCACGUCCUUAUGCAGUGGCGGUCCAGUAGAUGUUAGUGCUGGAUACACACAUAAGAGGUUGCCAACAAGCUUGCCAACAGGGGUGUACGAGUGUAACCCUCUGUGCCGCUGUGACCCGAGAAUGUGCAGCAACAGGCUGGUUCAGCACGGUCUGCAGCUGCGGCUGGAGCUCUUCAUGACACAGCACAAGGGAUGGGGCAUCCGCUGCAGAGAUGAUGUGGCCAAGGGCACAUUCGUCUGCGUUUUCACUGGUAAAAUAGUGAACGAAGACAAAGUGAAUGAAGAUGAAACAGUGUCCGGCAAUGACUAUUUGGCCAACCUUGACUUCAUUGAGGGGGUGGAGAAAGUGAAAGAGGGUUAUGAGAGCGAGGCGUACUGCUCGGACACAGAGGUUGAAAGCAACAAGAAGACCAUAACCAUGAAAACAGGGCCGUUGCGGAAAAAUACUCUCUACCAAGAAGACACUAGCAGUGGUGAAGAAAGAGAAGAACCUAUGGAGCUGGUCACAGAACAAGAGGAAAUGGAAGUCUGUGAUGAGUCCUUAAGCGCGAGAAUACUAUCCCAUAAGCCACAUGAAGCAUCUAAAGAUGCUCAGAAGAAAGUGACCAAACAAAUAAGAGAGGACGGUCAAGGGACCUCAGGUCCAAAGCGUUGCUUUGCCAUAAAGUCCUGCAAGAGAAGAGUAAAACCAUUAGAAACCACUGACACACAAAAUGAGAAAACAAAGACAGUUCUGUCUGCCAACAACACCCGCAGACUGUUCAAUGGCGAGGAGACCUGUUACAUUAUUGACGCGAGACAAGAGGGCAACCUCGGCCGCUACAUCAAUCAUAGCUGCAGUCCAAAUUUGUUUGUCCAGAACGUCUUUGUGGACACUCAUGACCUCCGGUUCCCAUGGGUGGCGUUCUUUGCCAGCAAGCGCAUCAGGGCAGGUACGGAGUUGACGUGGGAUUAUAACUAUGAGGUGGGCAGUGUGGAGGGGAAGGUUCUGCUCUGCUGCUGUGGCUCAUUGCGGUGCACUGGAAGACUGCUCUGAUCUGCCCCUUUCAACAUAAAACACUAAAGCUUUCAAUGUGUUGUUGACUUUCAUCAACAUGUCAGAAAUGUAGUUGACUGUUUUGGAAGAGCAUUUCAUAAAUGUGAGCCAUUGAAUAUGAAAAGUAUAAUACAAUAUAUUAAAGUGUGUUUUUUUUAUUGUUUUUAACCUCUACAAAAAAUGUGAAUAGUCAUGUAUCUGUGUGUAAAUAAAAUUUGCAAGUAUCAAAAACGA